GCGCCUGUCAUGCCCUUCCCCAGACAAACACCCACGCCUUCUCAGUCUUCGAAAGCGGCGCGUGCACUGCCGGCAAGAACUGUCUUUUCUCGCACAGUAGAGAUCCACCAUCAGAAAACUUCGUCUGCAAAUACUUUUUGAAGGGCAACUGCAAGUUUGGCGCGAAGUGUUCUUUGUCUCACUCGUUCCUGGGACCAGAUCGCAAGACUUCUGCAUUCUUACCUGGUGGCAACCUAGGCCGCACAAGGUUGGAGAGGCGGGCGUCCAGUGGUGCUAUUCUUAGCAACAAUAUGUGGCCCUCAGAACCCUUGUCACCUCCUUAUGGAUCGACCUUGCCACAGCAGCAGACGUUGCAUUUGAAUAACAACAAUGUUGAGUUUUCUAUGGGCCAAUCGGCAAGUCAGCAGGGAUACUUGAGGCCGGUACUGAACAGGGCAACCUCAGAGAAUCUAAGAAAUGCGCUAUACAUGAACUCUUCAAUGGACAUUGGCGAACGCCGCUCACCAUUCUCAGAUGACGAGCCUGCAGGCACAGAUCCCGGUCGCGCAUCGCCUGCUCCAUUGGGUUUACUGGAUUACCGAUCGCGUCAGCAUUUGGCUGCCCCCUUGCCGAUCCGGCAGCGGUCUUUGCCAGACAUCUUUCGAUUGACGCCUUUAUCACAUGAAGGAGGCGCUCUGCCUACAUCGCCCUUUCACCAACCAGGCAACAAGGCCCUAUUCCUGUCAGUUUCUUGUGAGGCCGACACCAACUCAUCUUCACCUUUAAGGCUGCACUCGAUCCCGGAGCUACACGACUUGUACAAUAGUCAAAGUGGUGGUGGCGAGACUGUGCGUCGACGAAGUAGCUUUGCUGGGUACGAUAAUGGAAUGCAGGAGAACGAACUUUCAGACUCAGACGACGACAGUAGCCUGGAUCAAGGGUUCCUCCCCGCCUCUCUCAACGAUCUUUUGACAGCCCACGAGCGACAGAGACGACAGAGCAAACAGGAAGACGCUGAAUUCCGGCCCAUCUUGCUUCCCUCGCCCGCCUCAGGAUCUAUGCGCGAUGACAAAGAUGAGGACGAGAUCCUGCUCAGCAUAAGCGGCUCUUGUACUGAUCUGGCUGGGACAGUGCAGGCGAACAGCAGAUCUCAAUUCCAGCGUUCGCUCACAGAGCUGGACCAUGCGGACGGAUCCAUCUCGACGUUAGCCCUGGCUAUUCCAGGCGGACAAAUUUUGUCGUAUACACAGCAGGAUCGAUCAUUAUUUGAGGACGAGAGCCAACACCAUAUGUCGCAUAAAGAGGGAUCGCAUUACAAAGAGAGAAGCACAACACUCGAUCCGUUCUGUCCGUUUCCACAUAAUGCAGAAGAAGUCCAGUUUGCUAUGGAUGACGAUCUAGCGACUGGAGACGUAUCAGCAGAAAUGGCGCUGUCGCACAGGGCCAACAAUAGUGACCGUCAGGGAUACUCUGUGGAUAGCUCGAAAGCAAACACUACAGUUGCAACGAUCACCAAGGAGUUGAAUCGCGCCGUCGGAUCAAACUCCAGAUUAGAGACGCAGCGGCAGCAGCACCUGUUGAAGCAGCAUGGGACCAUGACACCCAUCAGUCUUUUCGCGUUGGAUGAGGAGGGCGAAGGUCUAACCUCGUUGAACGGGAUCGAUUUUUCGUCACUGUCGAUUGUAGAUGUGGGAAUGUUCAGCAACAUCAGCAGCACUCGUCAGGAGGUUGGGGGAUCCGCUCUGGCUGAUCAUAUCAGCCGUAGUAAUAGUCCUCUGAGCUAUGCGGGGAUUACCAAGACCCGCACAGGUGUCUCUGAAAUGUAAACACCCAAGUAAUAGCCCGGUCCACAGACAACCAUCAUGACACACAUGUAUACCGCAAAAACCACUUAUAAUCAUCAAAAGUAACAAAAACGAUGCCAAAC